AUGAGUCAGAACGACGCGUGCAAGUCGGACCGAUGCUGUUGCCAACUGAUAUCGAAAUGCGAGGAAAAGCCGGUCGCCACGCCUCGGCCGCGAAAUGCGUGCGGCGGGCAUGCAGAAAAACCCGAAACGAGUAUAUGUGAUUUCCUAAAAUCGCAACCGACCCCGGAAUGGAUCAAAGUGAGCGACGUGCGUCCACACCGCGGGAACAAUCCGUGCGCCGAAGCUAAAAGUCCAAACGACUGCAAACAGCGUGAUCCGUGCGAACAGACACCGGCAUCGGGCUGCUCCGGCAAAAACCGCUCUUCCAACCGAUCGAAACCCCGACAGGAAUGUAUACAGCCGACGGAACAGGUGUGCGUGCCGAACAACGGCGGACCGCAACAUUCUCAGCACCGUCACCGGAACGAGCAUCAGCGUGCGCCGCAACCACAGACAGACUGCGAUCCGGAAGACCGGAUUCGAGUCAGCAGACUAAUUUGGACGGGCAUGACGUCCCGACGGAGAAAAGGCGACGAACCUGCAACACCACAGACCGUUCAAGUCAUCAUACACGCGCCCCGGCCGAUCGUUCCAUCUCCAUCUGCCUGCCGGCCGAUCGUUCAAACUGUAUAUGCGCCCCAGUCGAUCGAUCGAACUCUACUUGUCCACCGGCAGAUCGCUCGACAUCUAAUUGUCCCCCAGCCGAUCGCUCGAAUUGUACACGUGCCCCAGCCGACCGUUCAACCUCCAACUGUCCACCGGCAGAUCGCUCGACAUCUAACUGUCCGCCGCCGGAACGUUCAAGCUGUGCACGCGCCCCGGCCAACCGUUCAACCUCCACCUGUCCACCAGCCGAUCGCUCAAGCUAUACACGUGCCCCAGCCGACCGUUCAACCUCCAACUGUCCGCGGGCUGAUCGCUCAAAUUCUAACUGUGAACCGGCCGAUCGCUCGAGCUAUACGCGUGCCCCAGCCGACCGUUCAACCUCCAACUGUCCGAGGGUUGAUCGCUCAAAUUCUAACUGUGAACCGGCCGAUCGCUCCAGCUGUACGCGUGCCCCAGCCGACCGUUCAACCUCCAGCUGUCCGCGGUCUGAUCGUUCAAAUUCUAACUGUCCGCGGUCUGAUCGUUCAAACUGUACACGUGCCCCAGCCGACCGUUCAACCUCCAACUGUCCGCGAGCGGAUCGUUCAAAUUCUAACUGUGAACCGGCCAAUCGCUCGAGCUGUACACGUGCUCCAGCUAAUUGUUCGUCCUCCACCGGUCCACCAACCGAUCGUUCGGCCUUUUCACGUCCCGAUCGAUCGAAUGCCACAUUUUCACAGGCCGAUCAUCGGAACGAUCGUUCGUCCUUUGCACAUCCGCUAG